GUGCAAAGUGAGGACUUGAGUGUGUGGCGUUGCGAGGGGGCAGAAGAAGUUGACGAGUGGCGGACGGUGGAGGAGGACAACCCGCGGAGCGCCACAGAAUGUCCUGGUUAAUAUUUAGCCCAGCAGCAGUCAGCAGCCUUUGGCCCCGCACUCGGCUCGCGUUCACCGGCCUGAGCCUGUCUCAUAUCACCAGGAGCUCUACUAAAAUGUCAUCGGACUCCCAUUGGCUUGCUCCGGCUGACCGGGACCAGCAUGUGAUGGAGUUGAGGGCCACAGGCUGGAUGGAGGUGGAGGACCGUGACGCCAUCUACAAGGAGAUUCACUUUAAAACCUUCAACCAGGCAUUCGGCUUCAUGUCGCGAGUGGCGCUGCAGGCUGAGAAGAUGAACCAUCACCCCGAGUGGUUCAACACUUACAACAAGGUGCACGUGACGUUGACCACGCACGACUGCGGCGGGCUGUCCAAGCGCGACAUCAAGAUGGCCAAGUUUAUUGACAAGGUCGUUCUUUCGAUGUGAAUUGUCCAAAAAAAAAAAAGCACGCUCGCAACCUCAUACUGGUUGAUUGGACUUAAGCUGGACUUUGGUUGUCGGGGAUGUGGCAGCUUGCGACUGCCCGGAUUCCGCUUGACGACAAUAUUUCAUCGAAAAGCUCCAGUCCGCAAAAACUGCGGACUGGAGCGUUUUGCAGGCUGUCAAGUGCCAAGCAACAGGUGGCGCUAUAAUUCAGAGUCGUCAUGAGUAGUUCACUUUCUUGUAGUUGUAUUGAAUUGUCCUUGUAGGUAUGCGUUUUUAUUUUAAUUUAAAUUAAUUGUUUUUUUUUUCCUUUUAUCAUUUGAAUCACUAUUAAAUUUUUACUUUUUAAAUGUUCUAUUUCUUUUCAUUUUCAUGUAUUUCCAUUCAUUUUAUUUAGUGAUGUUAUUUU